AUGAACAGGUGGCGCGGCCAUCGUCUCCCGAAAUUAUUUACAACGACGCACAACUACGCACAGCGUUGGUGUGGUAAGCAUAUUUUUGUGCAUGUGGUGAUACCAGCAUUGCUUUCGCAAUUCGUUGACGUACAGUCACGUGAUAACCGGAAACCGAACAACUUUGAUGAUUCUGCUCUUGAUGACCGCGAUGCUGGCUUGGGCGAACGGGGUGGAAGCGAGAGCGCGACGCUAGGUCUUCAUGGGGCAGGACGUGACGAAACGAGGGAGAACGAGAGUAGCAACAGAGCUGAGAAAAGUACUAGAGCGCACCACAUCAAACACAAUCUUCGAGAUCAACGUACUAAUUUAUCCUUAUUUUGGCGCGGUCUACUCGUUCACAAUUUAUCUUGCAGCACUCGUUCUAGAAGUACUUCUACUCGGUCGCAAUUUAUCUUGCAGCACGAGUUCUACUUGUUCCUCAAGAUGAGGAUGAUAAAUUCUGAGGACUUGUAGUUCAGAACCAAACUGAAUAAAAUCUUAGUACAGCGCAAUCUCCUGUCUCUAUCAUGAAAACAACCGCACUAACAGACCCAGACGCCUUUCUACUUGAGACCGACACUAUUGAAGGCGAAGACUCUGCUGAGGCGCCGAGUUUAUUGAUAUCUGUGGACCCAACUGGUGAGAUCUCGAGUUUCAUAGAAAAUACGGCCAAAGAAGACCCUGCGGCGAAUUCUGGCGUUAUGGCUUGAUUUGACGUUAGCAAUACACAUCAACACCAAGACGAAGGGUGUACUAUAUGUAGGAGUCGACGCCUAUACAUCUAGUCAUACUUGUUGAAUGUCAAAAGCUUGACCAAGCCGGCCUAAGUUUGGACUUGGACUGACGAGUCAAAGUCUGUAACAGUGGGGACUAAAAGAUACGCACACACAGAGUAGUUUAUAGCACGCAUGGCGCAUGGAAUAGCAUGGAGCGCAGAGCUUUAAGGGGCGCAAGAAGCUCCCCCUUUAGCUCCAUGCUACUCCAUGUGAUCCAUGCACUCCAUGCCAUGCGAGCCGUGGAACCUUAUAAAUUGCUCCGGUAUAGAUAUCCUGCAUAUGCUGCCGCCUCAGGACAUGGAGCUGUAGUUAGAGCUUUUUACGUAACAUCCGUCCCCCGAUAUCUCGUUUGCUGAUACUCCUACGACCAGGUCUAGAAGUGCUACCUAUCUGUAUUAAUUUUCUUCCAUGUGAUGAACCCCACUUCUUCCGUUUUCAUGAAUAAGUUAACACAGUCAGAUAUGGAAAGAAAAAGUGGACUCAACUUCAAUAACUUGACUAAUUUACUUUAUUUACGUCAGAAAACUAGCCAGUUAACUGAGAGUGGUCGAGCUUGGGUCGCGGAGGCAGGUCAAAGCGAGAGAUGCCAUGGAAGAUCUACUAUUUGCGGUGGCCUCAGCCACACAAGAAUGAGUCCAGUGGAUGUGACUUUCCUUCUCUGGUGUCUGUGGCGCCACCUGGUGCCACAGACCAAAUUACAAGAAAAGCGUCAUCUCCUGUCCUCAUUCUUUCGUGCCACAGGCCACCAGGAAUAGAAGAUCUUCAGAUGGCAGCUCGCUUGGACUGACUUCGACGACCUGCGCUGGACCACUCUCAGCCACUACCUUAACUGCUUAGCUAGUUAACACUCUCUACUUUAAGCUAGCUGAAAAUUACUUACUAGCUUGGAGCGCCCGAGAACAACCCCUCGCACUAGGAUGCUCCCCCCCCCGAAGUAACCCACGGAACAGGUCGGCAAUUUUUUAGCUCUAGUUUAAGCAGUUUCGCUGAAAGUCAACUUCUUGGAUUUGAAUGGGCCAAAUUUCGAAGCCUUCCGCAUUGUUUUGCGGCUUUGGGACGGAUUAAAUUCGCUGGCUUUGAAUUCUUCGAAUUCCAAAACUUUCGACUUUAGGCCUUUCCUCUGAGAUUCAAUCUCCUGGCGUGGCAAUUUCUCAAAUUUCGAGGCUUUCCUUAUUAUUUUGCCCAUUAGGGAUUAGCAUUAAACUCGCCGGAUUUGGAUUUCUCAAGUCCCAAAGUUUUUGACUUUCGGCCUUUGUCUGAAAUUCAGCGUCUUGGAUUUGAAUUUCUCAAACUUCGAAGCUUUCCUUAUUAUAGAGUAAGGUAAAUAGCGGGCUUCGGGUUGCUCGAGUUGCAACGGGUUGCUCGGGUUGCCGAAGCGCAGGGGUUCCAAAUCUGGAACGGGUUGCCACGGGUUGCCAGGAGAAUCCUGACCCAGCAAAAUGGGGCGAAGCCGGGCGGUAUGGGGGGGCAUUUGUACGCUCGAAGUUAGGAAAUGGAGAAGGGCGCAGUUUCUUUUUUUUUUUUUUGCUCUUGAAAGGGGCAGCCACGUGCGAAGGGCUCUGCAGGCUUUCGGGCUCUUCUUUUGUAGCGUGCGGACGCGUGUUUGAAGCGAAAACAAGGAGCGCAUGCCCCUGCUCUCUGUUGUUUUUUUUGGGGUGAGUGGCGCUGUGGUGUGUCGUCUUCGAGUCGUUGGCGAUCUCUCCCUUUUUUCUUCGGGUGCGAGCGUGGCCAAUCUACUUGGGGGCUGAGAGCGAGUUUCCGCCUGCUUGCUUCAGCGGGCGAGGUGUCCAGUCUUGGGUAUAGCAGUAAGCAUACUGGAGGGGGUUGCUGAAUUGAAAUGGAUUGGCGCGCUAUCUAUUUAUAUACGAGCAACUACGGCGCGGCGCGUGGUCGUGUCGUGCGCUCUUGUUAAGGUCUGGUCUCUCGUAGGGUCAUAAAUCUGCGCCCGAAGGGCGCCGCGCAAAGAAUUUGGGUUGGCAACUCGAGCAACCCGAGCAACCCGACCCGAUAUGGGUCAAAAAGAGCCUAGCUCUAUUAUUAUUUUGCCGCUUUGGGAUUGAGUUCGUUGAUGGGCUUGGGUUUCUCAAAUCGCAAAAUUUUUGAUUUUAGGCAUUUUCUCUGACAUUCAAGCCCCUGGAUCAUUGGCUCAGGGGUUUAUGCGUAGGGCUCACGGGUUUACGAGUUCGCAAGUUCGUGGGUUUAUGCGUUUGAAUUUCUCAAAUUUCGAAGCUUUCCGCAUUAUUUCGUCCCUUUGGGAUUGAAUUCGCCGGAUCUGAAGUUCCCAAAUCCCAAAACUUUUGACUUUAGGCACUUUUUCUGAGUUUCAACUUCUUGGAGUUGAAUUUCUCGAAUUCCGGACCUGCUUUCGGACUGCUGCAUUCGUAGGAUAUGAAUAUCUCAAAUCCCAAAGCUUUUGACUUUGGGCGCUUUUCUGAAAUUCAGCCCCGGGCUUCAAUUUCUCAAAUUUCGAAGCUUUCCGCAUUAUUUUGUCGCUUUGGGAUUGAAUUCGCCGGAUUUGGAUUUCUCAAAUCCCAAAGUUUUUGAUUUUGCGCAAUUUUUCUUCGAUUCAAUUUGAGUGAGAUUAUCUGGGCUUUUUAACUUUGCGCAUUUUUGCUGGAUUUGAAUUUCUCAAAUUUCGAAGCUUUCUGCGUUAUUUUGUCGCUUUUGGAUUAAAUUCGCUGGAUUUGGGUGCCGCACUCAAAUCCCAAAACUUUUGACUUUGAGCAUUUUUUUCUGAAAUUCAUUUUGCUGGACCGUGGGUUCCUGGGCUUGGGAGUUCUGGGGCUUCGGGCUUCCUGAGUUCCUGGAGUUCUGGGGCUUCGGGCUUCCUGAGUUCUUGGGCUCUUGGGUUCCUGAGCUCAUGGGCUCAUGGGUUCGCGAUUUCAUGAGUUUGGUUCGUGGGUUCAUGGGUUUUGGGUUUGUUGGUUUUUGUUUCGGAGGUUGAGGGGUUGGGGGUUGAGGGUUUCGGGGGUUGUGGGUUUGGGUGUUGGGGGUUGAGGCUUCGGAGGGGAAGUGCUUGCUGAGUUUUAUUGCUCUUAAUAUUAAUCAAGGCUUUGAAGUUGAGCCCACUCUUCCCUUUCCAUAUCAGGCCUCUAAUGCUGCAGGUGCGGCGCUUCAGCAAGCGGACGAGCCGACCGUGCUGGAGAGGAUAGAAAAGAUACGAACGCAGGUCACUGACCAACAUGAAAAGACCUUGGCGGUGAUUGCGGAAGCGGAGUUGGCCCUGCAGCAGUCGUCGAUGAACAUGAAAAAGGUACUUGUUAUGAUUGUUAUGACUUGAUUUAAAGUUAGCAAGAGUAUAUUAUAUUAUGCGCGAGUUGUGCUACUUUGUAUUCAAGUGACGAGCAGAGUGAACAGCGCGUCCUCUUGGCCGCUGUGCUGUCGGUUGGAUUUCUUCGCUCUCAUUGAGAACGCCGGCUGAGCGCGUUUCCUCAGUGCCAGGAGCCCUUGACCGGGGGCCCCCAGAGUAAUCGCUCUCGCCGGGAGUGCGGGACUCGCUAUCUUGAGCUGUCUCCAGCUCGGUAGCAGUCGCCAUCCCUCCUCGCGGGGACUCUUGAGAUCUUGGAUGGGGGAGAGCUCCUGGGAGCAAAGCUGCAACCAGCAGCACCGCCACUCCCGACGAUGCUGGCGCCGCCCAUGACCUCGCAAGGGGUAGGUGACGCAGCAUCGGGAGCCCCUCCGGGGGCCCUCGCAGAGCAUGUCGCCUGUGCCUGCUCUGCAGGGGGGCGCGCUAGGCUAUGGAAGCCGCACGCUCUCCGCAGGCUGGCCCGUCACUGCAGGGUCUGGCUGUCUGUUAUUUUCGCCACCCCGUCAGUGCAGGGGCUAGGCGCCACGAGUAAAGAAGCACUCACUCACGCACAAAAAGAGCCAUGUAGGCCCCUCUCCGCGGGAGCGGGAACCUUCCCAGUGUGUUCAGUCAAGAGGGCCGUGAUCUCAUAGCGACCACAAUCAGACCACAGAUGAAGCGUCUGCCCCUCUCUCAAGUGAAGACCCAGUCUCCUUUUGCGUGGUGUGGUCCAAAAGGGUCCAGUUCUGGAGCAAGGCAAAACAAAGAUCCAGGCUUGAAGCAAGGCGCUCAGGCUUCUGCGGUCCCAAGCGGUGCCACGUGUCGCCAGGUGGGCUGUCGCAGUCAGAUGCGUGCCAGGAGCGUCGUCGGGUGCUCCUCAAGCGUGCGCCAGUGCGUGCCAAUGGUGAGCGUCCGUGAGGUCUGUAGAAAGGAACGACUAGCCUGAGGGGCGUUGUUGCCAAUGUGCCAGAUAGUCUUUUCCCUCGACCACGCACCCACCUGCAGGGACUCAGGGGGGAGCUCCUCCUGCGAGAAGGCUCAAGAAAGCGCUUCACGAUAGUGAAAAAACUGAAGCCGCGCUUCUCUCCAUUCUCACAGGGAAAGGGUGUUCACAGGGAAAGGGGACUCUAGCCCGCCUCCCCUGUCCCUCCAGUCCAUCGCCUGCGCCUGUCGUCGAUCGUCUGCGCCUCCUGUCGUCGAUCGUCUGCGCCUGUCGUCGAUCGUCGGCGCUUGUCGUCGGUCGUCUGCGCUUGUCGUCGGUCGUCUGCGCCUGUCGUCGGUCGUCUGCGUUUGUCGUCGAUCGUCUGCGCCCGUCGUCGAUCGUCUGCGCCUGUCGUCGAUCGUCUCCGCCUGUCGUCGAUCGUCUGCGCCUGUCGUCGAUCGUCUGCGCUUGUCGUCGAUCGUCUGCGCCUGUCGUCGAUCGUCUUCGCCUGUCGUUGAUCGUCUGCGUUUGUCGUCGAUCGCCUGCCGUCGAUCGUCUGCGCGUGUCGUCGAUCGUCUUCGCCUGUCGUCGAUCGUCUGCGCCUGUCGUCGAUCGUCUUCGCCUGUCGUCGAUCGUCUGCGCCUGUCGUCGAUCGUCUGGGCCUCUCGUCUGUCGUCGAUCGUCGUCGGCUGUCGAUCGUCUUCUGUCGUCUGUCUUCUGCUCUCUGUCUUCUGUCUUCUGCCUUCUGUCUUCUGCCUCCUGUCUUCUGCUUUCUGUCUUCUGCCUUCUGCCUUCUGUCGUCUGCCUUCAUCUGUCGCCUGCUUUCUGUCGUCUGCCUUCUGUCGUCUGCCUUCUGUCGUCUGCCUUCUGUCGUCUGCCUCUUGUCGUCUGCUUUCUGUCGUCUGCUCUCUGUCGUCUGCUUUCUGUCGUCUGCUUUCUGUCGUCUGCCUCCUGUCGUCUGCCUUCUGUCGUCUGUGUUCGGCCUCCUGUCGUCUGUGUUCGGCCUCCUGUCGUCUGUCUUCUGCUUUCUGUCGGCUGUCGUCUGCGCCCUGGUCGCGUCUACUCUAGCGGGCGGCGCGGUCUGCUUUUCGUGGCUUUCCACGAAAAGCGGGCAAAGGAGAACACAAAACAACGCCUAGGAACUCUAUCCAUAUGGCCUUGGGCGGUGGGCUGGUGCUUCGUGUGCGUGAGUGGGACGACCUCAACACGCCGAAGAAGCAGCUUGCUGGUGUUGUCGAGAAAGCAACAGCUGCUGCAGCACAAGCUGGCGCAAAGCUUCCGGAUGUUGGUUUGAAGUUUAUGGAGGACAGCCCACAGCUCGCAAGACAUCUGCAGCAGCUAGCCCAUCUCUUGGCGCAGAAGCUGCAGGACAAAACAAGGAAGCUGCCGGGCAAAACAAAGAAGCUGCCAGACAAAAGAAGAAGAGGACCGCGACGAGGCCAGCACACUCGUCGAGGAGGUUGGGCUGGUGGCUGAUGGCAUGGCGAAGAUGGUGGUGAUGAAGAUGCUGGGGGCAUUCUUCGAUGGUCUUGAAGCAGAUCCGGACGCGCUGAAGAAUCGCGCUGGCUUGUAGGGUGUUUUAUUAGCUGGCGAUGAUGAUCUGCCUGAAGAUCCCUGGCCCCGAGCUGUUGCGAAGGGUGCGGCUGCGCUCGCCCCAAAACAGGCCUUGCCCAGCGUCGUCACCUAGUAGCAGCCGAUCGGCCUCAUCUGCUAACAGCGUGAACAUCAGCGGACGCGAAAAAGAGCAAGGAAGCCCUCCAGGCUGAGAGAGAAAGGCAGAAGCGUAAAAAAGCAGAGGCGUCGGCGCUGUUCUUCGUUGUAGAAAUUCGCGGCGGGCCGAGUAGUCUGACAGAAGGGCGCCCAGGUCUUUUGGUGGACGUGGAUGCUUACCAGAUCAAACCGCUUUCGCCUACUGGUGGCGAAUUCCUCAAGAGGAUGAGCCUGCCCAAGAGGAAACAGCACGGCGCCAAGGCCGACACUGCUUUGGGGGCUUCGACGUUGGUGGAGUAUUACUGUCUGAAGGUGUCACACCUCUGCGCGCUGUGGAUGGAGGUUGGCGGGCAGGCUCCUGAUAAGGAUUAGACGCUGAAAGGCUCGCAUGGUCUUCGGGAUCUUGCGCAAGAGGGCACACUUAUCGAGGGGAAGGCCACCGAGGUGCAGGGCUUGGCGCUGUCUUUGUCGUUCUUCUCAGACGAGAAAGUGGGCGGGAAGCGGGGCAACGACGCUGCUGGCGAUAUAAACCUGAAGAAGCGGAAGAAGCAGGAGCGUUUGAUUGGGCUUGUUAUUUAUCUUCUGCGCUACUGCUCUCUAUGGGUAUCGCUGCACUCAGCUCCACCGCCGACGCUCAGAUGCUGCCGCAGUCUAUAACGAACGGAGGCCUUUUGGCUUAUUUUGCAUCUAUAGCCCUUGUCCCUACCGACCCUCCUGCCACGGGCUGCGCGCUUUCUUACUUAGGCCUCGCCUCUCUGCGUCUGAAAGUCUUCAAGACUGGCCCCACGCUCGGCCCCGAGCUUGGGUCGAUUUCUUCCUUGGGUCAGUUACAUGGGCCGCGAGAGUGGGCAGCGUAUUAUUUGAGUCGAUUUUUUGAGCGGGUCUUUUGUAUCGAUAAAGAACAGAAGCACAGUGGCGCGCCUCCGCCUUAGGGCUUACAUUGUGCGGCUGAAGUCUUUCGAGAUCUCUGACCCUCCAAAUGUGGCGCGAGCGUGCCUCUUUUGUUAUGAUUUGAAUCCAGUUGCGAAAUUGAAGCUCCAACAUCUUGCAAGAAUUCCGAACAAAGUCAAGCGCUGGCGCGGUCUGCGAAAUUUUCUCGAGGGUGAAGGUGGUUUUCUGCUGCUGUGCAUGCGUCUGGUGAUCCUCUGGCACUUUCUGGUCUCGGCUUGGGGAUCUUCGCUAACUCCUUGCCUUGCUGUGUUGUGUUUUGUCUUCUCAUGUUUCUGCGAUCUCAGUCUGCUGCGCUGCUUCCUUGAAGGGUCUCUGCUGGUUCUUGCUGGUGGUGUGCUUGUGUGUCUAUUUCUGGACGCUUUUCCGUUUUAGGUCUUUAGCUGGUUUCCUUGGGUCUUUCGGCGGCCUUCGCUUCACAGCUCACCAAACACCAAACACCGCCGCCACCUGCAGGCGGCUUCGCACUCUUAGAGUGUAGGGCCUUUCUUCCUCAUUCGGUUGAAGUAUCUUCGAGUAGUUAGAAGCCUAGCGCUUUUGUGUAGUCAAGCCGUAUCGAGUCAGGCUCCCCCUUCUAUCGAGGAAUCUUGCUUGGGCGUCGCAAGUAGUUCAGGGCGGCCUGGGUAGUAACAAUGGGCAAGCUGUCGGCAAUAAGUACCCUGGCAAGCCGGUGGGGCUUAAGAAGAAGAGCGCCCUCAAGUCUUCCGCCUUAGAUGGCGCGGCGGCUGGCAACUCCGGGGACGCUCUUAGCCAUGCAGCAUGGACGAAGAACGUCUCCGGCGACGUUUGGGAGGGGGCGGGCGUUGGCGCUGAUCAGCUUGCUGACGAUGCUGGCAAGUCUGUGGCGCAGGGCGUUCAGGGUGAGAUCGCUUCGAACAAGAAGGGCAGGAAGGUGCUGAAGAAGGAGAACAUCAGCGAGGAAACCCGCGACAGAACCCGCACGCAGUGCCAGGAGUAUGGACGCCUCUGGCUGGCGGAUUCCCUGGAGAUGCGUGACGACGUGCCGGGCGUCGGCCUAUAAGUCGCGCAGCGACGGCGCAAAGGAGUUUGCGACGGGAUAUCACUCGAAGCAGGCGGCUGCGCUCUUGUAUCCGGAGCGGCGGGAGGGCCUGGCCCUUUCCAAGGUGCUGCGAGGCGAGUCACUCACCAAGUAACGCAUUGCGUACUGUUCUCCUUGGCAGCGCUCUGCGCAACUGGUUGACCCAGAAGCGCGCGGCCCGGGCCAUGUCGGAGCCGCAGGCCAAGGAGUGCGAUUCGUGUAGGGUUUCUGUACUUCGGUUCUGGCUGUUUGGCAUUGGUGUCAACAUGAAGGACCAGCGGCACAAAAAUGACCGCGGUCACUUUGUCAAUUUUCGUCCUGUGCGUCAGCAUCUCGCUCGACAUUUGUAAACUUCUUUUGAUCGCCGGGGCUCACUUUGAUCACUGGCCACCAUUCGGGUCGCAUCCUUUUCCGCAACUGCUUGGCGCCGGCAAUGUCCCAGCCCCCAAGAUUCUGGCCUGGUUGAAGAACGGGCUGGCGCCGUAGAUUUUUUUGAAGAAAGAGGGCGGUAGUUCUUAUGUGUUUUGCGGCGGCACACGCUACCCGCCCAAGCUUGUCGCAACGCUCUGGAGCUGGACUGUCGGGCCGCCACAGCUGGAAGCUGUGCGUGGGAGCGUGGAAGUGACCAGAGUCAAAGUAAGACACCCACGUCAUCCCUGAAAGGUGCUCCGUCUGCGUUUAUUGUUGUCUCUUAUCUUCUGCGGCUUUAGGGUUGAGAAGUCUCCUGGGCUUUCAGGAGAGCGCAACUCGCAAAAAGUUGCGUUCUCUUGGAGAUCAGUGACCGCCAAAAGCGCUUUGCUUUGGCUUAAUCUCCGGCACUAAUCGCCCUCAGCUCGCCCUACCACCCCACAGACAGCGGCCCCGCCAUGCGUGGCGAAAUACUAAUACGGCUCGCGCUGGCAGGCUUUGGGAACAAGAAUCUUCGAGGCCGUGUAUGGCGGGGGAUGGGGGCUGCUUGAUGGGUCAGAGGGCUUUGGCCCAGAAGCUUUGCUGGUAUUCCUAUUCCUUAAGAAGUCGCACCAUAUUAAGGGACUACACCAAGCCGGCGAAGCGCGAGCGCGCUGGAUUGGAGAAAGACCUCCUUGGAGACUGUUCGUUGUGAAACCACCCGCCAGGCCAAGAAUUUGGCCGAUAGUGAUUGUGAUUGCAGUGCGUUCUUGGCGGCGGGCCUCCAAGAUGAAGCAUGGCAACGAGCGGAACUUCGGCGCCAAGCCUCGCAGCUGCUUGCGCCAGUUUGUCGCCUUGUUGUGUUCUUACGCGCUGGCCGAUCCGGUCGCCAAGAUCGAGCAUUUUGCACUCGGUGGCGUAUGUAAAGAUCGCGGCGCGCAGCCAUCUGCUAUAGCUGUGACCUGAGAAGAAAAGCAUCGCCAACAAAUAAAACGGCGCGGAGGGCUGGCCGCUUGGCGUGGCGCUGCGACUGCUGACGGGCUUGGCAAGCUCGGGGGCCUCGGCGUCUGUCUGGAGACGUUCAACGAGAUCAAGAACGACCGCGCCAAACUAACUGGAGCAACAAGCGCCACCCAAGCCCAACGACGCCAACCGGGCCACCGUUGCCCCGCAUCUGGCCAGCAGUAUCCAAAGAGGCACCGAUCUGCGCGGGCUGUCUUCUAUGGGGUCUCCGCCUCUUGAUCACCAAGGCCAAGGCGUGCGGGCGUGUCGUGGAUCUCAUCUGUUUGAAGAUCAUCGGCCUGAUGAAGUAGCCGCAGGAGAUCAAGGAUGAGCUGGCGGCCGCCUCACCGCAAUGGCUGGCUUGCGCCUCGUCUGUCGCCCCCCGUGAGUACUGCCAGAAGUUGGCCCCUACAAUGUAUGACCAUGGUCGAUGGUGGGCGUGGGCGCGCAGCUGUGUGUCCGUGCGGGCUGUGGCGCUUUGAUCCGUCAGCACAUCAAGAAGCCGGGGACGAAGGACGAGAAGGCCGCCAAGGAUGCUCGAGGCCUCAAGCCCAUGCCGUUUCACCAGGUGGAGGGCGUUGACGCUUUUGCUGUCAUGGUGACGAGCCUGGAGAAGCUCUCCGUGGAAGAGCUGGAAAAACGUGAUGGCGGCAACAAGCUGGCGAUCUUCGGUUCUCUGUUCCCGCUGCUCUCUGAUGUCUUGCCAGCGUCUCCUCUUCAACAACAUCAAGAGCUGCAGAGCACCGCCGCCGAUAAAGCUGCCCAAGACACGGGUCAGCUGCUUGCUGCGCUGAUUUCUGAGCCGGCCAAGAAGCGCAAACGCGUGGGGCAAUCGAUGGCGGACACCUUCGAAACGAUGGCGAAGCAGGAGGCUGGCAACCGCGUGCCAAGGACGAGAAACAGAAAGACGCCGCUACUGAACUAGGUGGAGGCGCAGCUGUUGGGCCUGGGGUGGAGGGCGUGGCCGAAUUUCGUCUGGGAUCGUCCUCGAGUGGAAACGUUGGGCGAGCGUAGGCGGGGCGCGCUUUCGUCUCGACUCAGCUACGUCGUGGGCCCUUUUGAGUCUGUAACUUUUCAGCACUAACGCUUUUGGCGGGACAUGUUGCCGCGCUAGCAGACAGCACGCAAACCAGUGCACAGAAUGCAGCUGCAUGCGGGGGGCUGUCUAGUUAUAAUUAGGUGUGAAGUUAGCGGAUAACUGCCCGCAAGCGCUUGCUCUUGAAACUUUUUCGCCAUACGCUUCGGCGUAGGGCUGUCUUGCUCUCUAAUCUUGACUGUGUCGUAAUGUCAAGACUGCAGGCCUUACAGAUUUCAUCGCGCUAACUUCUUGGGACGUUCGUCGAGCUAGCUACUUGAGCGCUAGCGCAAGCAAGGCCUUUCGGCUUGCUCUUUCUCCUCAGCGCGCACAAAGUCCGCACAUAGUUGCGCACUCGCUUGGCGGUCGAUUUGCCGGCCGGAUAUGGGCAAGCUAUCGCGCCAUGAUUUUUCGAAUUUCUUUUACUGAGGUGGCAGCCUCGCUGGCGCCAGGUGUUACCACUUGCACUUACGCCGCGACGGGUUUGCGGCUUAAAAAUCGGCGAACACAUGCAAGGGCGCUAGCUGUUCUGUGCGCGUUUUUUCCUCUCACUUCGCUGCGGCUUAGCUUGGGCCCUAGUCUACCUAGUGGGCGUCAGAAUGUCGCUGCGUGUUUCUUUCAGAAGGCACAACCUUGCAGCGAGCCUCUUCGGCGCCCAAACAAGAGUCGGGCCAAACAAGAGUCGGGCCUUCGGGCUUUCGUUUUCUGCUUCGAUGGUGUUUGGGCAAAACAUCGACAGGGCUUGGGCUGUAUUUUGAGCUCUUUCAUACGCAUGCACAAAAAACAAAAAGCAACGCCUUGGGCUCAUUGUGUCGCGCCGGUAGAUGCCUCGCUUGCUGCGUGUCGUUUAGUGGCGCAACCCAGGCGAAGGCCUGGCCUCUAUUCAAGGGGUGACCAAAUAGGGCCGCCCAGGUGGGGCGCUUCUUCUUUAGCAGUUAGUGCAGUUGCCGCUGCCGGUGGGGGGCGCUGCGGUUUUGUGGUGGCCUGGCGUGCGAGUCGGGGGGCGGAUGGCCUCUUCUUUCUUGGUCGUGUUGAUCUAGAUGGACUACAACUCUUCGCGCAGUGCUCUCUUUGAUGCUUUACCUAGGGCUACGGCUCACGCAUCCUCAGAACCGUCCCCGGCUUCUUUUUGAAGGGAAAAAUGGCUCGGGGAUGGGCUCAAGGAUGCGCCGUGGUAGCUCCGCGUCGGAGUAGUAGGAGGACCUCCCUCACCAGUCGGAGCUGUGGCGGUCCAUAGCGGUGCGCGAUGUCGGGUUGGGCGGGUCUUGGCGGGUUGGUCUUCAGAGGACCACCUUGGAGGGCUUUUAAAUAGUUGAAAAGUGAAACUUUUUGGGCCAAGGCUCGGGCUUGUCGCUUUGCUAAUAGCUGCCCAAGUUGGUUCCCAUGCUUCUUGUCUGAUGAAGGCAGGGAAGCAAAUGGAUCGCCAGGAACAAACUCGCAACAACUUGCAGCGGGACGGCAUAGGGCUCCGCGCUUUCUGUCUCUGGUUUUUGUGGUUUCUCUGUCUCUCUCCCCAGACUUGUGGGGCCUUUGGUGUUGUGCAUUUGUUUGGGGGUUUGGUGGGUGGCUGCGCCGCAGACUGGUCCGCCGGCUUGUGAUGCUCUCGGCGCAGCGGUUGGCCUGGUCGUGUGUGGGUUUUGUCGCCUGCGUUUUCGGAGCUUUUGCGGGCUCUGUGUUUAAAAGACUGACAAGGGCAGGGGCCGCGCGCGUAGGCGUCGGCGUCGAUCUUUCCGCCGGGAUUUUCUGCCACCCAUCGGCGACCGUCGGGCGCGGUGUUCUCCAGGUCUCUUCUGUUCUCUGUAUGGCAUGCAUGCACUGCAAGAGCCAGGGCAGCCAGGCUGCGCAUGCCAUGCCGCCGCAGGCUUCCCCUUUCUGUAGCAUAUACGAACGCAGGAGCGGCCAGGCCCAUGCGGGUGCGCCUUCUGCGUAAGUAGCACACACGCAAGGCAGGACCAACUCCAGAACCUUGAAAAAAUCCCCAAACUUUCCCCACUUUUUUCUCCUCCUCUCAGAGGAGGGAGGCAGGGAUAGGCCAGGGGUUUUCUCGUUGCACGGUUUUAGCCUUUUUUUUUUAGUUGUGCAGCUAUUGAGAAGGCCUGGCGCACUCCCAUAGACCCCGGCCACCGCAUGACUGUGCGCCGGCGGGGCCGUCGACAUCCGCAUAGAGCGAGGCAGACACCAAGGCCACCCGGACUGCCGCGCAUGGAGACAGCACCGGGAGCAUGGGUCUGAUCCAGGCAAGGGGCUCCUGCGGCGCUUUUUGGUCAAAAAAGUGGUGACAAAUAUGCGGCGCAUUUUCCUCAUUUUUCGAAAGAAAAUGCUGACGCGUUUUACGGGGGCUGAAGCGGCCCCACCUAGUGGGGCUUGAGGGGUGCUCUAAGGCGCAAAAGUGUCGCCAAGUGACCCGCUUCGUUUGGGAUGUCAAAGUGGGCCCUUUUUGUUCCCCUUUUUGACACCCCUCCCAAGCGUCUCUGAAUGAUCAAAGCGUCGCCCGAAGGGCGGCGGCCCUUCGUUCUGGAGACGCCUGCCGCGUCCAUGCUUCGCCCGCCCAGGGAGGGAGCCCCGCUCCGUGGGUCCACUGCAAAGCCAGCGGAGUGGCGGCGUCGGUCCUGAGGGGUCGGGCCCUCCUCAGGCUGGCCAAAUUAAAAAAACAACUAGGCAGCUGCGCAACGAGAAAAGCUUGGGUCUAACUGGUUCACCUUUUUGAUAGAUAUCCACCAGGAGCGGCGUGGUUUUUGGCGCGCAAAAAUGCAGCAGAUUCUUGCCGCUUUGUUUUCUGCUCUUUUAUUUUGCGGAAGGCAGGGCUUCAAGGAGGAAGAAAAUGCGAAGAGCUUGGGGAAGUUCUGGCGGCGUUUUCUCUUUCUGUCUUCAUCUUCUGGCUCGUUGCCUUUUGUGUCUGGUUCUUCAUAUGUGAAUCUCCUCCAAGAGGUUCCUGGGGGUCUGGCGCAGACGCUGCGCGAGUUCAAAAAAGGGCGAAGCCCCUCGCUUCGUAUGGCUAUAAAAUCCCGGAAAAUCUCCAGAAAAUCCCCAAGCCACCCCGACCGCGGUACAGGUUUGGGCUGCUUUUUCGUUGUUUCUUCGUAGUGUUUUGCCCUCGCUCAGGCGCUGCCCCGUUUCUGUGUCCGCGAGAUGUGUCCGGGGGGAGGUGCUUCAGAUUGAUAGGCUCUGUGCUGCAAAGUUUUGGAAUGUCUCUGCGGCCUCUCUUCAUAUGACUAGAAAGUCCCAAAGGCUUCGCAGCUUUUCCCAUUUAUCGGCCCCACGUGGGUAUCCACUCCUAAGGACAGAAUAUUGAAGGUAAUUCGAAAUAAAUAGAACCGGGUCCGACCUGUGUAUCUUCUUGUUAUUUUCGCGCAAGACGCUUGCUAGUGCCGCUAGCGUAAUAAAUAGUAGUGCUACAGGUACGCACUACUUGCAUAGACUAUAUGAUUGAUACGUAGAAGAAUUCGUGACGAAUUAUUUUCCCCAUUCACCUCGUUUUUAGUUAAAAGUUCUAGUGCGGGGGUAACUACGCUAAACGACGUACAUCAGUCUAGUUCCCUCCUUAUUAUUUCCCCCACUCCGAGCACGAGCUGUGCUGGACGAAGGGAAGUCAAUGAACACUAAGUCGCCUCAGGUGUUGCAGCCGAAACCGAAUGCUGCCAGGAAGCAGGAAGUCCAGUCAGUCCCAGUGCAAGGACCUGGCCUUGAGAGGCUCAAACAACAUUCAGCGAGUGAAGCUUGGAUGUGGUUGACGCGCAUCAGCUCCGAGGGAAAAGAACGAGGCACCUGGGAUAGAGGCGACAUCGCAGCCAUCUUGCGAGAACCCUCGGACCGUGGAGUGGAUUUGCUCGCUGUUGCAGGAGCGUAUGUGAAUGGAGAACCGUUACGGCUCUUAUUUAUAGACUAAAUAUAUGGUGCGCCAGCGCCAUCCGUGCUGACGCCGCCGUAAAUCUACUCAGCAUGCUCGUUCGUGUUUCUGUUUUCCCAAGGGGAAAAUAAAACGCCAAGAACAAGAAGGACUAGCGAUCAUAUAUAUCAUGCGCAGGGGAAUUAUGACGUGCAAGAAAAGAGCCUCUAACAAUUUUAGCAAAUCGAAGCCAGGUGCAACGCGCUUACGGGUUGUUGCAGAAACUACAGACAUUGCCGCAACCAGAGACAGGACUAUCAGCAAGCGACGCAGAGGAAUGGGCCACAAAUUAAGGGCACCACUAAUGUAGCACUCAACAUUUCGACGUGGCCUCGCUUUCUCCUCAGUGGACCACGACAACUAGUAGACGAGGCGCUGCUACUAGUAGAGAGGCACAGCGAACACUCAGGGAAAUAAAGAGCACUCAGCCAGAACAAAUGAUGUUGAAUAGAGUACUUUUCUAACAUCAUGUCUGGCGGCCUUUUGAUGAACUAAAAGAAACCAUUCGUAAGAACAACGAUGCGAGACCGAUGGCGACGCGUGACACUAACACCAUGGACAUGGUACUAGCGUCUAAACCUAGAUACAACUUGUUCUUUGCUCAAUAAGCUACUUGUGUAGAUGGAAUGCUUACAGUCUAGCCACUCCUUGCAUCUUUCUCUUAUAAUUUAGAUGGAGCCGGUUAGUUUUGUAGCCGUAGUAAGUCUUAGACUUCCCGUCCGUCCCUUCGUGUUGCAUGUACCCGACAGAGCUGGCAAAGGUGGCAAGGGUGGACCCCUCUGGCGUGUUGCAUGUGCCCAACACUACAGACCUGGCAAAGGUGGCAAGGGUGGACCCCUCUGGCGAGUUGCAUGCGCCCAACCCUACGCCAAGGGGGUGGGCCCCGCCUUGCCUCCUCUGCCAGCUCUGUCGGGCACACGCAACACGACAAGAGGGCCCAGCCAUUGCCACCUUUGCCAGGUCAGUAGGGUACGCGCAAGAAGCGGGGAGGGGUCAGAAGUGGGCGCUUUGAGGCCUUCCCGCCCGGCAGCCCCUCGACCGACCUGGCAAAGGUGGCAAGGCUGGACCCCUCUGGCGUGGUCCGCCCAAGAUCCAUCCACAGGGGGGGUGGGGUCGAGAAAGGGACCCCCUGGGCUUUACGGGGAAACCAGUCGAGUUCUCGGAUUGGAACUGUGCCGGCGUCGGUGGAUUCUACUGCGGUCUGGCUCUCUUUUGUGUGUUCAAGCUCCGGCGGCUUCUCUAGUCUGUUACCUGAGCUGUAGGGGGGAACAGAAAGGCCGAGAGAGGGACGCGGAAAAGUCCGAGAGAGGGACGCGGAAAAUGUUCCCCGGGCAGAAAAUUUAGCAGGAAGUCCGAGAGAAUGAGAGAAAGACUGCCGCAGCUUCCCGGGCUGAAAAUUUCUACCAACGGAAAAAGAACCCACAUCCCCGAGCUGACGUUAGUGGGGGGGAUUUUGCAGGGGUUUUGUUUGUUUUCUUGUUUCGAGUCUCGCUUCCAAGGAAAGACAUAGAAGAGAGGGCCAAUCAGGCGCCUCAAAUCUUGUCAGCCGAGGAAAUGCCUUGAGUGAAUCUGGAGCCAAGUGGCUCGCAAUGAAAGAAGAAAAGAAGCGACGGGAAUUAUUUGCGGAACCUAGUGCGGACCAAUGUAAAAAAAGGCCUCAGCUCCUUUGUUGGACUGUCGGGCUGAGAUUGCAAAUUGGUACCCAUUUGCAGCCUCAGGAAGGCUGAGAAUCGGGAAAAAUUUACUCAAGAACUGAAACAAACACGCACAAGGAACCAACGAAACGAAAUCGGUCUGCAAUCUCCUUUCGAACCACUUGCGCCGGCGGUCUUCGAGGCCUUUCAAACUUGAGGGAUGGACAUGGAGGAUCUUCAGGGAGCUGCGACCGUGACUUCUUAACAGCGAGGGGCCUAGACGGCGAGGGGGAAAAGUUCGGCAGAAAUUCACAGAGCCCGGCAAAAAGUCCAAGAGGAAGGGGCGGGGAAAAUGUUCCUGGUGGCAGAAAAUGCGGCAGAAAGUCCAAGAGGGGGGCGGAGGAUGUUCCCGAUUGCCAGAAAAUGCGGCAGAAAGUCCAGGGGGGGCGGAAAGUGUUCCCGGGUGGCAGAAAGUCACGGAGGGGGGUUGAAAGUGUUCCCGGGUAGGCAGAAAACGCGGCAGAAAGUCACAGAGGGGGGCGGAAAAUGUUCCCGGGUGGCAGAAAGUCACAGAUGGGGGCGGAAAGUGUUCCCGGGUGGCAGAAAAUGCGGCAGAUAGUCAGUAGCUGUUAGUAGUAGUUAGCAGCUUUUAGCAGUUGUUAGUAGUUGUUAGCACCACAGGAACCACGACAGGAACCACAAGAACCACAGGAACCACAGGAGGCCCCAGCACGAGGCCCCAGCGGGAGGCCUCAGCAGGGACGAGAUGGCAUCCCGCUCCACCCGAUCGGUGGGCUUGCAUCAUCAUCAUCAUCAUACCCCAGCAGGAGCAGGACCCACCUGGCGAUCGCUUGGCCCCAGAUCAUCUCCCAACCAGUUUCCCCGUAAGGCCCAGGGGGUCCCUUUUUCGAUCUUAAGGGGGGGGGCUUCCUCCUUGGUACAUAUAUAGAGUAGUUUAUAGAACGGACGUAGGAUGGACUUGGAUGGAUCGGGUGGAUCGGAUGGGCCCCCCUGAUUCUUCCGACCUUACUCGAAAUAUUGGGAAGUCCAUCCGUUCCAUCCGAUCCACCCCAUCCCGGAUCUGGCACCUUUGUAGUCAGUCAUUCUAUAUAUAAAGCGAGACGAAACCUGAGACCUCAAGAGAAGCAGCUCUAUGGCUAUUUUAGAUGUACGCAAAUCACGGCAAAAAGGUGUGGGCUAGAUGUAUACACUUGAGACCGGGAAAGGUGUACUCUCAAAACGCAGCGCACUCGCACGAGAUGACACCGGGCUGAUUCGUAAUGGGUGUGUCUGCGAAGUUCCAUACUUUGAGACAUACGGAAAUCAAGGGAAAGGCGUGCGGGCUAGAUGUAUACACCUCACGCCGUAAAGUUUAGAGCUCCUGUCCUUCGCUUUCCGUGCGUCUUUUGCAUGAUCUUGCUCCUGCUAAGCAUUUUGGAAGUGCGCGCUGUGUUUGGGCAGUGCCUGCGCCGCAUAGCUUGCCCGCCUGGCUUAGCUUGCUCGCCUGCUGGGCAUGGCUUGCUUGCUAAGCCUAGCCCCAUCCUGCUUGCUGUGCUUCGUUGGUCAUAGGAUAGUCUGCCCGCCAGGCAUAAUGUAAGCGGCUUGCUGAGAGCAGCCUGCUCGCAAGGCUUGGCCCGCCUGCUCCACGUAGUUCGCACGCUCGUUGCAAAAUAAACCCAACCACCACAAGGGCAGCCCAGCAAGAUCCCACCACAGGCCACGCCGCGCCAGAUUCUUCUGGUUUUUUUUCUUGCUAAUUUCGCCGGGUGAAUGAAAAGGGUCAAGGGAUGAACACACCAGAAAAAGACACAUGAGAGCAGGGCGGAGCAGCGUGCGACAACCAUGCACCAACGAACACACCACGCACAACCACACGAAAACGGAAGCGGAACCAGUGCGAGUGAUCUUCUGUGAGGGAAGUGUCUACGCUUUGAAGCCGUCAAGAAGAGCAGAAAAGUAAAGGGGCGCCGCGGUAUAGAUUUAGAUAUCUGGAGACAUUUUGUCGCUUUCUUCUGUUUUGAGGAAAGUGAAAGAAAGCAAGAGAAAGCAAAAGCUGAGGUCGGACAUGACGAGACACAACGAACGAGAGACCCCAGACUGAUGACGGAGCGCCAUCGAAUUCAUCGACUAGGGUACUAAUCUUGUCGGACAGUUUUCGAAACCUUCAAAACAGGCACAGGGUGAACUGAAUGAACCAGCGUAGGCUUUGUUUUACUACCCAAAAUGAUUACACCUGGCCCAACUCCUUGGGCCUAGUGUUGGAGACCACCGCGUCGAUGCGAAACAUGGCCGCGAGAUCUUCGCGAAAAGUUGCCCGGGUUGGUCUUCGUUGCCUCUGUCUUUUUGAGUAUGGAAAAGGAGGCGGCGCGGCCUCGGGUGCUUUGUCUUUGUGUUGUGUUCCUCUGUUGUUGACAGCCCCGGCGCCAGUUGAGUGCGGACCGCCCGCACGUCAUUGGCGUCGGCGCUGCUUGGAAUACAGCCGCGGCACGCCUGUGCAAGCUCCUCGAGGUGUAGAGAACCCGGGCGGAGGACGGGGGAAACGCAGGCGGGGAAGCAGUGGCAAAGCGGGGCGGCGUUGGCCAUCUUUCUGCGCUUGGGCGCCUGGGUUGGCGCUUCGUUUUUUUCUCUAUAUGAAAAAAAAAAAAUCUUCGCGAAAAGUUUGCGAAAUCUUUCAAAAGAAUCUUUGCGGAAUCUUUCCGAAAAGAUAAGCGCAUGAAGUUCCAACAUUGUCAAAACUUGCAAACUUUCCGCAAACAUUCCGCGAAGAUUUUGAAGCUUUCGUCUUCCAUGUUUUUUUGAUGAAGACAUGGAAAUAAGUCGCCGAGAACAAACUCGCAACAGCUUGCAACGAAACCGCAUGGGGCUCCGCGCUUGUUGUCUGUGGUUUUUGUGGUUUCUCUGUUCUUCUCUCCAGGCUUGGCAGGCCUCUGGCGUUGUGCAUUCGUUUGAGAAUUUGGCGCGAGGCUACGCCGCGGACUGGUUCGCCGGCUUGUGAUGCUCUCGGCGCAGUGGUUGGCUUGUCUGUGUGUGGGUUGUGUCGGUUUCGUUUUCGGAGCUCCUCUUGGCUUCGUUUUAAUGAGACAAGGACAAGGGCCGCGCGCGUGAGCCUCGGCAACUUUUCGCCAAGAUUUUCCGCCACCGGUGAUUGUCGGGCGCGGUGGUCUCCAACUAGUGUGGUCGAUCGCUCAGCGCUCUGGUAUUUGUUGCUCGGUGAAGAGCAGCGCGGUUAGCCGACAUCAACCAGCUGCGCACGAACUUAAACGGCAAGAGACCCAGCAGCGGGAACCAACCUGCGUGCUCGCGGACUCUUUUCACCUGCUUGGGGCUGGUCUUCCUCCUCGUUACUCUUACUCGGCGAGGGGAAGGCGAUGGAGUGGCACAGCUUCGCUUGGCCCAAUCUGCCACCGGAAGACAAGAAGAGAGCCCGGCAGCUGCAGGGGGUGUCACGGAGCUAACCAGCGUCGGCAGUAGACUACGGCCCUCAGGGGGUGGGGGCCAUCUGUUGGGCUGUGGAAUGGUGCACGCACCUCGUUCAUCUUCAUGAGCUUCACCCGGAAAAGCACGAGCCAAACACGAGGCAGACAGCCAGCGCGACACACACAGGCCGCCCACGGUAGGCCCGUGACUUAACUCGAGGACAAGACGCAACCACGCGCCAACCGCGCACAAGGAAGGCGCGCCGCCCUCGGCUGAGAAGAUGGAGCAGCAAAUUGCCUUUGCGCAUGAGGUUACAGAAGUGGGCGGGCCUUUGAAUCUUCCGACGCGGUGCAGCUACUCCGAAGGCGCUCGGUGAGCUGCAACAACCAAGGCAGCCGCCGCGGGGUCUCUUGGAUCGAUAGCGAAACUACAGACGUGCUGGCAGUGGUCAUAUGUAACACAAGGCAGAGCGAGCAAGCUGGCCGCCGGUGGUGUGUGAGAGGGUGCAAGCACUCCCAGCCAACUCCGUCGCUCAUACUUAGUCCGCAGGCGGUAGCGACUCACAUGAAAAACUUCGGCGAGGCCGGUGCGGAUUCGUUGUGGGUAGAAAUGGGCUGGGGCGGGGAAUGAGGGAGGGAAUGGGCUGGGAAAUGAGGGGGGAAAUCAGGUGGGAAACAGGGCGGGAAAUGUAUGAGCUUGCUGCGUAAUGAGGUGAGAAACGAAUCCGCGCCCCUCUGUUUCCCUCCAGUGAGUCACCUUUUUCCGUCCAGAUAUAUUUUCGCCCCGCGGUCAUUUUUUUCCGUCUGAUUUGAGUCUGGUUCUGGAAUGAGGUGGGAAACCGGGCGGGAAAUGAGGUGGGGAACCAGGUGGGGAAAGGAAUUAGCUGGGGGCACCUUUUUCGACUAUUUUCCAAGAAGAAAGUCGAAGGGGAUGGCUUUCAGCUGGGAAAUCGGGUGGGGUUUCCCACCUGAUUUCCCACCUGUCAGCCGAAGUGCUCGGAAGUUUUUCACUUUUUGGCAAAAAAAUCAGCACUAAAAACACACAAAGGGCGACCGACAAGGAAAGGGGGAGGGAAAAAAGUGGAUGCACGGUGAAAAUCGAGGGCAAGGCAGUACAAAACGACCGCGGCCUGGACCGGAGAAAAAGGGCGGCUGGAUAGUUUUCUGCCCCAUUGGCUGCCCCAUUUCCCACCCCAUUUCCCGGCGCCUCACUUCCCAACUUACUCCCUGAGAGAGCCACUCCUUACCCCAUUUCCCAUCCCAUUCCCCACCCCAUUGCCCACCCCGUUUCUUGCCUCGUUUCUUGCCUCGUUUCUCGCCUCGUUUCCCACCUCGUUUCCCGCCUCGUUUCCCGCCUCGUUUCCCGCCUCGUUUCUCGCCUCGUUUCUCACCUCAUUCCACACCACCCUCCCCACCCCAUUGCCCACCCUUCACUCCCACGAGACAUCUCUGCGCUCUACUUGAAGAAUGGAACAAAGACAAGCACGGCACACACAUCGCCCCGACUUCGGAGCCCGCAGCGAGCCAGGCGCCUACCCCUUGCACCGGCGUCACCCUUGCCCCGGUGCUGGGGACUUAUUGAACGCCGUAGAGCUGUUUCGCGACGCGUGACGCCCACCGCGUCACGCCCAGAGCUUCGGGGGGGAUGAAGUGCCUGCCUUCAAUUUCAAGCGUCACGCAGCACGCAGCAACGGGUAGGAGGUGCUUGAUUUUGAUGAAUCUAGAUUCUCGCUAACUUAUAUGAGGCCUGUGGGUCCUUGAUAGAUCCGCGGAUCCUCGAUAGAUCCGGGGACCCUCGAUAGAUCGGUGGAUCCUUGAUAGAUCCGCGGAUCUUCGAUCGCUCCGCGGAUCUUUCUAUUCUUCGGUAGAUCCGUGGAUCCUUGAUAGAUCCGUGGGUCCUUGAUAGGUCUGUGGAUCCUUGAUAGAUCCGUGGAUCUCGUCUUCGAUCACUCCGCGCAUCUUUCUUUGAUAGAUCCGCGGACCCUUGAUAGGUCCGCGGAUCCUUGAUAGAUCAGCGGAUCCUUGAUAGAUCCGUGGGUCCUUGAUAGAUCCGUGGGUCUUGCUUGAUAGAUCCGUGGAUCCUUGAUAGAUCCGUGGAUCCUUGAUAGAUCCGCGGAUCCUUGAUAGAUCCGUGGACUCUUGAUAGAUCCGCGGAUCCUUGAGGGAUCCGUCUCCGUGGAUCCUUGGUAGAUCCGUGGAUCCUUGAUAGAUCGGUGGAUCCUUGAUAGAUCCGGGGAGCUUCGGUCGCUCCGCUGAUCUUUCCGAGAUAGAUCCGUGGACCUUCGAUCGCUCCGCGGAUCUUUCUUUGAUAGAUCCGUGGAUCCUUGAUAGAUCCGUGACUGAGUCCUUGAUGGAUCUGUGGAUCUUUGCUAGAUCCGUGGAUCUUCGAUCGCUCCGCAUCAAGAUCAAGGAGAGCGACAGGAGCCGCCCUUAUAAUAGGGGGAAGUAUGCGGUGGGACUCAUUUGGACAGCUCUACGGCGUUCGGUCCGCCUUACGCUUGGACCCCGGCCGCGCCCCAGUAGGUGGCGGGGGUCGCUGGGUGUGGGACCUCGACACCCAGGCCCCGGACGCCGCCUGGUGGCCGCAGCGUCGCUCCUGACCUUGGACCCAUCGAGGGCUGUGCAGGUAACAGACGUAGCAGCUUGGUGUCUGAUUCUAACGAGCCAACAAGCAAACAAGCGAGCAAGACUGGCCGGCCUUUGCUGCAAAUAAUGCCGGCACCCCAGCCGCAGCUUCAGCCAAUGCCUCGCCCUUACUUGACACUCCAGCGCGCGCGCCUACUCUGUCGAUGGCAAUAAUGUGCGCCAUCUACCGCUCUCGCGAUGAGUCAGCCGCCCCAUUGUGGGCGCCCAUGUUGCGCAAUGCAUCCGCCAGCUUCUAACCACAGGCUUGGCAGCUUGCUCUGGCCAUCAAGGUAAAGGCGGGCGGCUCGCUCGUUCUGAGUCUGAGCAUGUGCGCUCACUUUAGUUGUGCCGUCUUGGUCUUUCUCACCGUGUCAAUAUAUAACUAUGUAAAUCUAACCGGCGACAGUACUCUGACUCAGUUGGGAGCCAAAAGGCUCGCGGGUGUGUUUCUUUGUUUCAAGAGACAGCCUCCAGCGAACAAGAAGCAGGCAGGGCGCCUCAUAUCUAUCAAAGCGCGCGCCUUCAAAUGAGCAAAGCCCUCAGACUGACCAAGCAAGGGCAAGGCGCUACGCUUUCGGGCGGGAUCUUUGUGGGCUUUUGGGGUGGGCUUGUGGGCUUUUGGGGUCGCAAAGCUCGGCGUGGCUGGCUUGCUGGGUGUGCUUGAGUCUGCUUGCGGGGCAUGGCGUGCUUGCAGCUGAGCAUAACGCGCCUGAGCGGAGUAGGCUGCUCACUUAGUAUAGCCUGCGCGCUAAUGGCUAUAGCUUUUCUGCUAUGCGCUCAGCCUGCGCGCGGGGCGUGGCUUUUGCGCUGAGCAUUGCUCGCGCCUUAGCUUAAGCAUAGCGCGCGCGCUAAGCUUAGCCCGCUUGCUAGGCGCGUCUUGCUCUUGCUUGCUUGGCGCAGCUUGUUUGCUCGGCCUCGGUGUGGCUUACUUGCUAAGCGUGGCCUGAUUGCGUUGCCAAGCGUCACACGCUUGCCGGGUCCGUGCGUCUGGUGUGUAUCUGUGUGUUGUAGAGCGCGCCCGCGUGUGGCACGUAACUGCUUCGCGUGUGCCAUCUGGAGAGGAGAAACACAUGCUCCAGCUCUGUCAAAGGCUUUCCAAACGAGACGGGUCGGGCGUGGGCAUCAACUGCGUAAAGCUGCGCCAUUUGGGUGGGAGAUCUGAGCCAGCUCAAAGCGCAAAGCCUUCCAAGCGGGCCAAAAAUGGGCAGCAAUCUCCGGAAGUUGCGCCAUUUGGAUCAUCGGCCACCGGAGGGCUGAGCUUGCUAGCCUCCCAAAUGGUAAGACCUUCCAAGCGGUUCAAAUGUGAAGAAAAGGAGCCGCAUCAAGUUGCGCCAUUUGGGUAGGGGGUGAGACUUGAGCCAGCUCAAAGGGCAGAGCCUUUCGGGCUAGCAGGUCAAAAGCAGGCAGCAGCCUCAUAGGGUUGCGCCAUUUGGAUAGGUGACCUGAGUCAGCUCAAAGGGUAAGACCUUCCAAGCAGGCCAAAAGUAGACAGCAGCCCCAUAGAGCUACUCUCUUGGUUAAGGGAUCUAACUAAGCCACCCGAAGGGGCUGGGCCAUCCAGGUGGGCCAAAUGUGGCCAGAAACUCGCCAGGGGUGUGCCAUUUGGGUAGGCGAUCUGCGUCAGAUCAAAGAGUAAGACCUUCCAAACAGGUCAAAAGUUAGAAGCGACCCCAUAAAGCUACACAGCUGGGACACAUAGGAGACCAGAGGCAGCCCAAAGGGCAAGGCCCCGCAAGCAGCUCAAAGAAAAGCAGGCAGGGACCCCCCGAGCUUGCCCAUUUUUUGGGUAGGUGGCAGGCUCACUCUGAGUCAGGUCAGCCCAAAGGGGAAGCCCUUCCCAGCUGCUCAAAGGUAGGCAGAGACAAACUUCGCAAAGCGGUGCCAUUAAUUUGGGUAGGAGAUCUGAACCGCCUCAAAGGGUAAGCGUAAGGCCAUCAAAGCGGGCCAAAAGUGGGCAGCAAACUCAUAAAAAGCGCGGCGCCGUUUGGGUGGGGGACCUGAGUCAGCUCCCCAAAAGGUCGGGCCUUCCAAGCGGGUCAAAAGUGGCAGCAAUCUCACGAAGCUGCGCCAUUAAUUUGGAUAGGGACACGGGUCAGCUUGAUUGCCAAAGGGUAGACUAGAACCUUUUAAGCAGCUCAGAAGCAGCGGGCAGCAGUCUCCUGGGGUGGCGUUAUUAAUUUGGGUAGGGGGCCCGAGUUGGUUCACGGUAAGGCUUUGCAACUUGGGCAGCGGUCUAAAACCGGUUCAAAGGCUAAAGCGUGGCACUUUGCCAGUGCUCCCGCUUGUGUAAAACGUAGCAGCUUCUGGCAUGUGGCUGAGUUCCUUAUGCCGUGCCCCGCUACUCUUUCUUCACGUAAUUCGGAGCGCGCCGGUCGGCCGUAGAUCUAUAAUAUAGCUCGUAGAAUUUGCGAGACUUUUCCGCCUUGCCCCGGCGUGUGUACACGCCGGGGGCGCGUGGGCGGUAAUUUAGAUGGAACAGAACGAAAAGCUUGAUUCUGAAUGAACGAAACAACCCAGAUGAUGGCGGAUGCGAAGCAAGAUGCGCAAGGUCGUUAUUUGUGCAUGGACGUGAAACCAGAAAGCAGAAAUUGCAAAGGCUCCAAACUACGAUGGACCGAUGAUACGUUCAAGGCAGGCACUGACCCGACCAACAUUUGUUGUAAGCAUGGUAAUUGAAGAAUUUACAAAGUCUUGAAGCCUGUCAUGAUUGAAGCUAUACUGAUACUCGUCAACAUCAACUACAGCAAAACUAGAUUUAAGCACCAAUAAUAUUAGAUGAACGAAGAGAAAGACAAAAUGAUGUUUGUCAAAACGCUACUCUGAUGCUGACAAGGCGAACAAUGAACAACUCUGUGUCCGUACUGGAAAAGCAGAUGUUUUGGGUGGUUGUAGUCCGCAAUCUCACAAGUAGAGGACGAUUUCCAGUAGGAUGUGGAAUGUAAACAUGAUCAGCAAGAGUUUGGCUUUGGAUUCCUUGUGAUAACAAUUUAAGUGGACGAAAAAGUACCACUUGUAAAAGUAGGCUGUACAACGUAGUAGUUCUAGUUGUGCGACGUCCAGGUCCAGUACAAGUACAUCAAGUACAAGUAUAUAGCUUUUCCUAUUCCUGCUAUGGUUGUGGUCAUAAGAAAGAAGAAGAAUGACCUUUUUCGAACAACUCCGAGUCUUUUGCGAUUCUUGUUCUAGAUAGCGAACCAAUGUGGCAGGGGAACUUGUAGUGCAGCGGAGAUUACGAGAUCAUCA